AUGGAGAAGAGAAUAUUCAGCAGAGAAAGCAGAAGCGGCCCCAUGCUAACCAUGCAGCACAACAAGCAGCCGCAGCCACUUAUGGCAGAGGGCCAACGUCGUAACAAACCCCAGCAAGUAGCCGACCUCACUGACUUCAUGAACGACAUGUUUUUUGGCACCGUAAACGCCAAGUCCAAGUCCUAUAACUUGACCGGAGACGACGUAGACGACGUAAACUACGAGGACGACGGCGACAGCCCAAGACCCACAUCCGCCACUACUACUAACAGCAAAAUGACUCAGGAAUGGCUAGAAGAGGCCCGGCGCAUUGUGGCCUCGUCCCCAACUCGGUGUGAAUCGCCCUCUCGACUCGCUGCUGGCUCACCGCGCUUCGCAGCUCCCCCGCAGGCCCCAAGAUUGUCAUUUUCUUCCUCCCUUGAUCGCCGGGACCCACAAUCUAGGUCCGCCCGAAGGCACCGAGCGGCGGAGAGUUUUAGUGGCGAGAUCCUAUCCAAGUCAGCCAACAAGCACACCAGAAACAAAUCUGACGUGUUGUUGUUGGAGGGGCCUACUUCGCCUGCAUCGCCAGCGGAAUCAUCGCCUGCAUCGGCGGUCCACAAAUGGUUUUCCAAUAUCCUCAAGCCCAACUCCAAUCCCUCUCCGGCCCAGCAGCCUAAUCCCGAGCCCAAGGCCCAAACUGUGUCUCCCCGCCAGCCUGUCAACCGUAGGUCGCGGUUCCAAAAUGACCCCUCCUCGCCUCGCCCACAGGGGAUUCCAAUCUCUUCUCGGCGGACUUUCCAAAGCCCGACACUUUUGCCGGAUGCCAAGCCGCUGUCUCCGCCCAAAAACCUUGUCCCGUCAGCCCAUCGUCGGUCCAUAUCCUCGUCCACUUGCUCCAAUGGGAACAGUGUGCCAAAGCCCAGUGUAAUUGGGUGGCCCAAAGAUGAAGCCCAAGUCCAAACCCAAAACCGAGACCUUGAUCUUAAUAGGUUUCUCAAAGAGCAAAGGACUAAGGUUGAGAAAGUCUUGGAUGGUCAAGUUAACGCCAAGGCUAAAAUAGUACUUUCCGACCCCUCCAAUAGCACAAGUACAAUGGCAGCAGCAAUAUGUUAUGCAUGGUUACUUGAGAACAGGGUGAGGAAGGAAAAUAAGAGCAAAGGGAAUGGGGAGGAGGAGGAGUAUGUGGUGGUUCCUGUGAUGAAUGUGAAGAGAGGGAGCAUGUGGAAGCAAAGAGAGGCUGCUUGGCUAUUUCACCAUGUUGGCCUUGAUGCCACUUCAUUGCUCUUUGCUGAUGAGGUGGACUUGGAGAGUCUCAUGAUGGCUGGGAAAUUAAACAUCCUUGUCAUCGGGCAAGACGUUUUGACGAAUAAUGGGGAGGUUGGAUCACAGUGCACCAUUCUUACAGAUAAUUACUGUGAAGAUGCCUAUGAUCUACUUGAAAACCCUUUGCUCAAGAAACUUUUGCUUGCAGGUAUAUUGUUAGACACUCAAAAUUUGAAAGCAUCUCCUCAAUUGUCUAUGACAAGAGAUGCAGAGGCAGUCCAGUUGCUAUUGGUUGGCUUACCGUCCAAUUACAGGAAUUCCCUUUUCGAUCAACUGACACAAAAUCAAAGAGACAAUUCCUUUCUUGAAGCUUUGCGGAAAAGUUAUGGGAAGCCUCCUAAUGAAAGUGGUGGUGAUAACAGAGAACAUGAUGAGCAGAAGGUUUCAGAAAGGAAAUCAACCUCUAUUUCUCGCCACGAAGCCAUCACCCAAAAUCCAGACAAGAAUUCUAAUGAUGCAAGAAAUGCAAAAAAGGCUUCACCAAAAUCAGCUAAACCGAGUUCUGCAGCUGUCCAAGCCCCUUCACCUGAUGCCUCCCGCGGAAAGAAUAAGUUCUUCCUGGCAAAGUGGUUUGGUUUUAAAUGA